UUACCUUUGACAAUGUGAUAGAGAGUUUAUAGGAUAGCUAAGAAUUUCCAGCUAAGGUUUUGAACAAUUUGAGGCCCUCUGUUUGGAGUGCACAUUAACACAAUCCCUAAGGUCAUUUAAAUUCAAGAAACCACCGCAAUUGAGGGCACUGAAGCGUAAUCCGACGCAGUCUCGAACAGGUUUCUUGAUCGAUCGUCGUUAAAAGUUACAUCUCCAGACCACUUUGGAUCGUGUUUCUGAGCUGUAUUUCAACCAUCGGGGUCCGCAAGAAAAAGGUGAUUUAUGGAGCCAUUUACAGCCAUUUAACGGAAAAGCCUUCCUGAUAGUCAAGUGACCUUGGAGGUUUGCUACCAUGUUCACCAAGUCGCAGUUUAAUUCUAAGCCCGAUAAAGCCCCUUCAAAGCCAUCAGUUUUCCCACAUAAUGGAAAUAUCAUAAAGAAAAAAGCGCGAUCCACCAUUUUGUCAGUGUUGACAAAACGUCAAACUCAGGAGAAGUUUCUCCUCGGCGACAAAACAGAUGGCCAACGUGAUGAGCAGAAUGGUAAUGUAAUUACCUCAAAACCAUUCUCGCCAGAGCCAAAGCGAGUAGCCUCAGAGGCAAUGAUUGUCGACCUUGAACCGACUGGGAGCGGGAACUCGCAGACACUAAGGUAUAGCGAUACUACUCAGCCUACCUAUCAGCCCGCAGCAUUGGAUCAGAAUAAGCUUACUCCCAGCAAAGUUCCUGUAACAAGAUCGAUCAGUUUGCAGAGUAAAUUUCUUUCGAGUAAUACUGAAGGAGAAAAGGCAAACCACCAACGAGCAGAACGAGAUGAGCUAAAUGGAGGCACGAAAGUGAGUAAAAUUUGUGCGAGAUGGCCACCACAGAAAGCUGAUGAAAAUUGGAUGGGAAAAAAUACCCAUUCACUCUGCCAACGACGGCAUUCUGCGCCUAAACACUUAUCCUGGCCCGCAACUGACAUAGAACCCAUGGUUGUUUCAAUGUCCCCAUCAUACGCAAGUGUAAAGGACAUUUCUCCAACCAGUUCUCCCACAAGUACAAAGUCUGUAAAUGACUCAGUUAAGGUUUCCAUACCUUUUCAAGUUCAAGGUCAACAGCAGUCCCCCAGAGUAGAGCAGCAAUCAGAUGCGUGGGCCUCUUCUGUUUCGGUCUGCGUUCCAUUUCAGGUAAAUGAAAACGGCGAAAGUGUUCCUAUCUCGCCAUUUGCGAACAAAAAGUCUCUGCCAAGUUCCUCACCUAGAGAUUCCACCGCAGAAGCAGAUACUCGCGAAGUUUCAAUUUCCAUGAUUAAGGAAUCGAAUUUGACAACGAGCCCUAAUCCCCAGCACGUAGUUAAAUCAAGCACAACGGCACAACAAACAGAGGGCGACUCUUUCUCUGCUAUGAAUAAAAUGUCGCCCUCUCAGUCAUCACUUCCGAAGGGAAACACCUCGUUGUUAACUCCGGAUGAUGGCAAGGGUGUGUCUCGAGACAUGGCGGAUGCAGGAGUUGUGAACAAACCACGUGCGAUUUCCUCUCCGCCCUCUCCCUCACAAGGCAAAAGAAAGAUUUCUUCUAAAGAUCAUCACAUCAAAGAUAAUAAACAAGUACUCGCUAAGGCACAUUCUCCAAAGAUCAUGGGCAAAGAAGCAAGUAAGCAUAAAAACCCUACAGGCAAAGCUGCGAGUUCGACGGCUCUGAAAGUACCGUUUGGAGGUAAGCCAAGAGCAAGGUCCUUCACUGCAGGGGAAAAAACAAAAUUAACUCCAUUUUCCUCGAGUGCCCAGUCCAGUCCCACAGGAACUCCAAAAUCUGUCAGUCCUGCUUCCUCUCCAAAAGCGAUGAGGCGACACUUGACACCGAAAGAUGCCACAAAGGCCGGGGGUCGCAAAACAACCGAGCUGAAAAAGCUAGAAAGUCACGGCAGACCUCAUUCAGAUCCUCUGAUUGGCGAAAAAAUGCAGGCAAAAAAGAAAUCUACCGGAGCUGCCGCGAGUGAUGUGCACACAACAGCAGGAAAAGCUAAGUCUGACUUGGAAGUAAUGAAGAAUAAAGUUAAAGAGCUUGAGAGUGAAAAUCUUGAGCUGAAGACGAAAUUACAGGGCAUGGAACAUCGUCUGGCUGUUGUACCACUCUUAGAAAAAGAAAAACUUCAUUUACAAAAGCAGGUCAACGAAGUUGUCCAGGAAAACGAGAAAAAAACACGUGAACUUGAAACGCUAAAUUCGUCUUCGGUAAAGCUCAAAGAGGAAAUGAAUGGCUUACAGGCUGAAGGCGAUAAAUUGAAAAUGGCUCUGGAAACGAGCCAAGAGCAGAUAAAAGAACUAAGGGCUAACGAAAGAGCGCUGGAAGAAUUGAAAUCUACUCUGACGCAGGAAAACGAAGACAAAACGAAAUCAAUUACAGAGUACAUCGAAAACAUUGAAAAAUUAACUACUUCGAAUAGCAAGCUGAUAUUGCAAGAUGGACUAUCCAAGAAAAAAAUUACAACACUUUUGCAAGGUUUGCAGUCACUAAAUGAUUCUGUUUUACAGCUUAAAGAGGAAAAUAAAUGUUUACAGUCACAGAUUGUUGAAAAUGGAAUUGAACUCGUUGGUACCAUGCGAAAUUGUGUCGAUGGUUUGGAACGGGUUAUCAGUGGUUUGCAGAACGAAAACAGCGAAAAAGCCGAAAAGGAAACACAAGUAUUUGAUGACACCAAAACUAUCGAUAAAGAUACACAGUGUGACGAGGUUCGGUCAAAAGACUUGCUCCUAAGAGAACUUGAGGAGAGCAAACUCUUAGUCGAGUGUUUAAAAAGUAGAAUUUCUGAAGUCGAAGACGUCGCGACAAAAACAAGCGCUGAGCAACAAGAGAACCGCGCAAACAAUGAAUUGCCUUUAACUCCGCCAAGCAAAGGGUCUGAUUGCUCAGGGUGUACUGGCCUUCAGGAGCAAUUAGCAAGUGUAAAAUCUAAUUUAGACUCGUUUAAAGAUUCUUUCCAAAAACUAGAAGGCGAACGAGAUGAAGCUGUGGAGGAAAUGAAGGAGCUACGACGUGAAGCGAAGUACCUUAAAUACGUGCUUUGUUACAGAGAAGAUGUACAGAACUUGCAAUCGACAAAUCAGCAGAGCAAAGAAUUGGAGAAACUGGGUUCUAACCUUGUGGAAGCUGAGAAAAAAGUCAUAGAUUUAGAAGACGAAGUUGGAAGACUUCAAGAAGAGAAACAAACCUUACUGAUGAGUAUUUUAAACCUUCAUUCCGGGCACCGGGUGGAUGAUGUGAUGGAGGAAGAAAACGAAGGACAGGAGAGUGACUCUGAAUCUGAAAGUAACGACGAUGAAAAUCAAGAUGAACCAAAGGUCAUUGAACAUUCUCGGAAAGCAGACUCCAUCUCCAGCAAUACAGACUCCAUCUCCAGCAAUACAGACUCCAUCUCUCGCAAUACAGACUCCAUCUCUCGCAAUACAGACUCCAUCUCCCGCAAUACAGACUCCAUCUCUCGCAGAGAACAACUCAAGUAUCGAUUUCAGUUGUCGUUGUCUGAGUCUGAUUACAGUUUUAGUUCAGGGCAGAGGACUGAGGGCGAGGAGGAUACUGAGAGUGAAGUCGAAGACGAUGAGAACGAGAAAACUUGGAUGCUUCUGAAAAAAAUCAAAGCUGAGAACAGACAGUUAAAAUCUAGUUUGAACGAAGCCAAUGACGAAAAAGAAGAGCUGUUGUCAAAUCUUGAUAAGUUAUGCGAAGAGUUUGAUGCACUCAAAGAAAAUUACGAUAAACUCGAAGAAGAACAUGCUACCUUGUCCGAAAAAGCUAAGCAAGAUAAACACUCCUUGCAAACACGGCUAAGAGGUGUUGAACUGGAUAGAGACAAUCUAAAAGAUUCCCUGAGGGAAAUUCAGGACGAGAAGCUAGCGCUUUUAAAAUGUCUUGAAAUGCGAAACACCGAGCCAAUGUCACCGCUAUCUCCUCUGCCCCAGCCUCUUCUGGACAAAAUUAUCACGCAGGCGCAGUCAUUUACACAAGAAGAACAUAAAUCAAAUGAACCAACUUCAAAUGAGGAAUAUUCCGAUGCGUCAUCGUCGUCAGAUGAGGAGGAAGAGGAGAAGGUUAGUGUUCCACAAACUUCUACAGAAAGUGGUACGGAUUUGGAGAAGGAACCGGAUGCGACGUCAACUAAUGCUAAGGAUAAAGAACUGGCAAGUUUAGUGGCAGCCAUUGAAAACGACCUCGGAAAGCUUAAGGAACGACUGGCCAAAGGAGAAAGUAAUGCCCAAGGCACUUUGCAAGAUGACGAUGCUGGAAAAGAAAAGGAAUCCAGGCCACGGAAACCUGCGCCCGGCGAGCGUAUGCUGAAGCGACAAGCGUCGACUGUGAAGUCGAACCUAGAUCGUGUCUGCCGGGAGAAACAACAUCUGCAAGAUGAGGUUGAAUCACUUCGCCGAUACUUGCUAAAAAGAAGAGAUUCUGUCAUGGACACCCGAAUAAAAAGGUCUCAUGGCAGUCUCAAAAGAGUAACAGCAGAAGUGGACAGCCACUUGGAAGGGAUCAAGACCUUACAGGCCUUGCUCGGAAAAUCCGACGACCAACUCCGACAGUCGAACGAUAUAAUUUCCCGACUCGAAGCACUCAACGAUGAAACUGAGGAAAAGCUUCGGGAUUCUGAACUCCUCCAAGAGGACUUACGUCACGCUGUGAUGAUAGCGAACAAUUUCGCCAUGGAGGAGCAACAGAAAGCGAAACAGCUCAUGUUACAGAAUGAAGAGCUCCUAAAAAAGGUCGAGAUACUUAUGCCUGGGGAUACGUUGACUGAUAAAAUUGAGAAGGAUGAGAAUUCACUCAACGAGAAUUCAAGAAAAGCAAAAAACAUACCGAAAUUGAAAAAGGCGAAUGGUCUUCAUCGCAGCGUUAGUGAAGACGACGCGCUGUACGCAGAUGACGAGAGUAAUUUCACAACAGAAGGUGAAUCAGACUUCUUUUCCUCCCGACAGUCAAGUGUUGCGGAUGAAUCAGAAUUUGCCAGGAGCCCCACACCUCACGAAGAAGACCUUGAUAUUUCUAAUCCUAAUGUUACACCUUCAGAAGAACCAUCUAAACGUGGAGAUCUGACCGAAAGUGACAUGACAAGUCAAUAUAGUUCUACAGCUGAUACUCAUUCAGACUUGUCUGAAGAGGAAGAUGAUACAGAAUGAACUUGACAGUGUUAGGUUAGGUAUAGUCGCCCCGUGAUUGGUCAAGAAAAACGUGCCACCUCUGGACCAAUCAUAAGGAAAACUACAACCAAUUUCAACCUAGUAGCUCGCAGUUUCCCGCGCUUGAGAGCGAUAACGCGUUCUCUUUAAAUUCCCAUUGGUUCAUUGAUUUAUUUAAGUAUCUUUGUUAUGAUAGGCCGCUGAGUUCACUUGAAGUUUAGUUUUAACCACAGUCGAUCUAAAAGCGCUUUAGUUUAAAAUCGUCCCUAUAAACUACGGCGCGCCACAUCUCGCUAUUAUAAAACUCUUUGGUGUUUGUUUCCACAACCCGUUUUAAUUCCCUGAAUCUUCAGGGAAUCUGCAAGAGGUAAUUCUGUCUUGUACUUUAUUCUUUUUUUAAUUUCCUAAAGGUCUUCGACGAAGUCAAAGCUAUGAACAAGUGCAGAGUUCUCAACUAAUGAUCGAUUGGUCCGACGAUCGACAUUCUGAGCACAGGUCUUACUCCUUCAACUUUUUUAAGUGAUUAACAUGUAACUUCUGCCCAUAAUAUCCAUACAUUAUCAAGUAAUGAGAAUAUUCACACUAAUCGGGUGGUUGAUAUCAAGACCUAACCCCAAAUUCACGUCAUAAAUUUACCAGGAAAUGUGUCGCAGAUAAAGAGGAGAAUUAACAAUUAGAUCUUGGAAGUGAAAGGGUUAAAAUGAGAAUGUGUUAAAGCUUGAAAUAUUAAAAAGAAACGAAAGGGUUUUAAGUAAACCAAUUUGAACGGAAUUAAAUUAAUUUCACCAUCUUAAACCUUUGAGAUUCUGAAAUCAUAACGUAACUCCCUAAGGUGUAAAUAAUCGUAUCGAAUGAAAAUAAAAGCUUUUCUUGCAAAAGCGUUCCACACUUUGUUUUGCUCUAACCCACUGCCGAUAGAAUGCUCGGCUAUAAUCUUAACGAUGACGAAAUUCACCGUUUUAGGUUACACUGAGAAAGACAAUUCAGCAGCAAUAAUGGGAAACACUCGUUUAUUUUGAAAUAUACCAGAGUUAUAUCCACCUUCUCUAUCGAUGAGUACUUUUCGUGAUAUAAAUAUACCACUUUAUUACAUCCAUCUUCAAAUCAGCGAUCACUGCAACCUGAUUGGCUCCAAACAGUGCGAUUUGCAUUAAUUUUUUUCUUAAUCGUAUCUUAUCUCUCAGACAAUGAAUAUAGAUCAAAUGAACAAAAAACCAAUCGGUUUUUAUUAUUGCUAUAUAUUAACCAUAAAUCGGAUUUUUUUUUUGCAUUUCUAGCUACCGUAUUAAUAGAAUAUCGGUACCAAAAUCUUGUAGUUCUUCCUAAAAUUCCUCAGUUUGUGGGGACACAGUAAGAAGUAUGGUGAAUAUUUGCGCUCGGUUGUCCAUUAAAAAAAGAUCGAGGUUUAAACAUUUUGCGCGAGUCCAGAACACGCAAAAAAUCUUAUUCCCCAGGAGUAAUUUAACCUAAAAUAUGAACCUUGCAUACGGUCUAGUUGUUUAAAAACGAUUAAUAAUAAUAGUAAUAAGAAUAACGAAGAAAAAAUAUAAAAGAAAAGAAAAAAGCAAAACAAAAAAAAAACAAUGACGAAUAUCUAUAGGAUAGCCCCUAAUUACAUA